CCCUCCCUCUCAAACCCUAGCGGCGGGAUCCGUGCUUCUCUUUCUCUUCUCAUCUCUCUUAGCUCCCGAUCGCCAACCUCUUCACGGCAAUGGCUGGCAAAGGUGAAGGACCAGCUAUCGGCAUUGAUCUUGGGACCACGUACUCUUGCGUCGGCGUCUGGCAGCACGAUCGCGUUGAGAUCAUCGCCAAUGACCAGGGGAACCGCACCACACCGUCCUAUGUCGCCUUCACCGACACUGAGCGGCUCAUUGGUGAUGCCGCGAAGAACCAGGUCGCCAUGAACCCCAUCAACACUGUCUUCGAUGCCAAGCGAUUGAUUGGCAGGCGUUUCAGUGAUGCUUCUGUUCAAAGUGAUAUCAAGCUCUGGCCAUUCAAGGUUAUUCCUGGACCUGGUGACAAGCCCAUGAUUGUUGUGCAAUACAAGGGUGAGGAUAAGCAGUUUGCAGCUGAAGAGAUCUCCUCUAUGGUCCUCAUUAAAAUGAGAGAGAUUGCUGAGGCAUACCUGGGAUCAACUGUCAAGAAUGCCGUUGUCACUGUUCCUGCAUACUUCAAUGACUCCCAGCGCCAGGCAACUAAGGAUGCUGGUGUCAUUGCUGGUCUCAAUGUUAUGCGUAUCAUCAAUGAGCCAACUGCUGCUGCCAUUGCUUAUGGUCUUGAUAAGAAGUCUUCUAGCAGUGGUGAGAAGAAUGUUCUCAUCUUUGACCUUGGUGGUGGUACCUUUGAUGUCUCCCUGCUUACCAUUGAGGAGGGUAUUUUUGAGGUGAAGGCCACAGCCGGAGACACUCAUCUUGGCGGUGAGGACUUUGACAACAGAAUGGUGAACCACUUUGUCCAGGAGUUCAAGAGGAAGCACAAGAAAGACAUCAGUGGCAAUCCCAGAGCUCUUAGGAGGCUGCGAACUUCUUGCGAGAGGGCCAAGAGGACCCUCUCAUCCACUGCUCAGACCACCAUUGAGAUUGAUUCUCUCUAUGAGGGAAUUGAUUUCUACACCACCAUCACCCGUGCCAGGUUCGAGGAACUCAACAUGGACUUGUUCAGGAAGUGCAUGGAGCCAGUGGAGAAGUGUUUGAGGGAUGCCAAGAUGGACAAGAGCACUGUCCAUGAUGUUGUGUUGGUUGGUGGCUCUACUAGGAUUCCUAAAGUUCAGCAGUUGUUGCAGGACUUCUUCAAUGGAAAAGAACUAUGCAAGAGCAUCAACCCUGAUGAAGCUGUUGCCUAUGGUGCUGCUGUUCAGGCUGCCAUUUUGAGCGGUGAGGGAAAUGAAAAGGUGCAGGACUUGCUUCUGCUUGAUGUGACCCCUCUCUCACUUGGUCUGGAAACUGCUGGAGGUGUCAUGACCGUGUUGAUUCCAAGGAACACCACCAUUCCCACUAAGAAGGAGCAGGUCUUCUCUACCUACUCCGACAACCAGCCUGGUGUCCUCAUCCAAGUCUACGAGGGUGAAAGGACUAGGACCAGAGACAACAAUCUUCUUGGCAAAUUUGAGCUUUCUGGCAUCCCACCAGCUCCAAGAGGUGUGCCUCAGAUCACAGUUUGCUUCGACAUUGAUGCCAAUGGUAUCCUGAAUGUAUCUGCUGAGGAUAAGACCACUGGCCAGAAGAACAAGAUCACCAUUACCAAUGAUAAGGGCAGGCUCAGCAAGGAGGAGAUCGAAAAGAUGGUUCAGGAUGCGGAGAAGUACAAAUCUGAAGAUGAGGAGCACAAGAAGAAGGUCGAGUCGAAGAACGCAUUGGAAAACUACGCCUACAACAUGCGGAACACAAUCAAGGAUGACAAGAUCGCCUCCAAACUUGACAGUGCUGACAAGAAGAAAAUCGAGGAUGCCAUCGACGGGGCUAUCCAAUGGCUGGACAGCAACCAGCUCGCCGAAGCCGAUGAGUUUGAUGACAAGAUGAAGGAAUUAGAGGGAAUCUGCAACCCCAUUAUAGCAAAGAUGUACCAAGGUGCUGGUGCCGACAUGGCCGGAGGAAUGGAUGAGGAUGGUCCUUCAGCUGCUGGUGCUGGUGGUGCUGGUCCUAAGAUUGAAGAGGUUGACUAAAUAGUUCUUAAUAUUAUUUCCUCAAAUCUCUAUUACUUAUCUCCACGCAGGGUUUUUAUUAUUUACCAUCAUUUAGAACUCAAGUCAUGGCCUUUUCAAAAUCAGUUUAGGCCAUGCAUUUUGUUUUGCUACGAUUUCAUGUUUUUCCUUUUUUUUUUUUAAAUUUUUAUUUAAUAUUUCCAGAGAACAA